AUGUUAAAUAGGUUUGAGAUGCAGAAUUGCAAUCCAACCAACAUUCCAGAUGAGUUUGAUUUAAAACUUAACAAAGCUGGAAGCGGAAAUAAGGUGGAUAACACCUUUUACAAGCAAAUUAUCGGCAGUUUAAUGUAUCUAACUGGUACAAGACUAGACAUUAUGUAUAAUGUUAGUCUUGUAAGUAGAUAUUUGGAGUGCCCAACUGAAAUGCAUCUCCUAGUUGCGAAGAGAAUUCUACGUUACCUACAAGGAACCAAGGAUUUUGAAAUUUUCUAUAGGAAAGGAGAAACGUUAGAUUUGGUUGGCUUUACUGAGGGUGAUUUUGAAGGAGAUAAAGAUGAUAGAAAGAGUACUUCAGGUUAUGUGUUUAUGCUAGGCGCAGUGGUUGUGUCGUGGUCCUCUAAAAAGCAAACAAUUGUUACAUUAUCAAGUACAAAAAUUGAAUUUGUUGCUGCUACAGCUUGUGUUUGUCAAGCAAUUUGGCUUAGGAGAAUCCUUGAAGAACUGCAAUUCAAGAUUGGAAGAGCCACUAUAAUAUGUUGCGACAACACUUCUCCCAUCAGGUUGUCAAAGAAUCCUGUGAACCAUGGAAGAAGAAAGCACAUUGAUGUGAAGUAUUAUUUUUUGUGA